AUGGAGGUUACCUAUGGUCCCAGGUUCUUCGACUUCAUCGCUCUCUAUGGUGCUGAGACUAUCCUGGGUUUCAACAGGGGCAACAACAACCUCACGGACACCUUUGAGGCAUUUGCGAACGCCAAGACGAGCCCCGGCCUUCUUGAGCACCUUGCGGGCGUCGAGGUUGGCAACGAGCCUGAUGUCUACCUGUUUAUCUGGCAGAAGCCGAUUGCCACGCCACCUUGGGACGCGAAUCAGGAGGGUGCGGACAGCGCCGACUGGGCACAGGACUUUAUCAACAGCUGGAAGGAACCCCUGUCGAUGCUCUACGCGGGUAGCUGUGGUAACGCGACCGUCAAUGUGGCCGUCCGCACGUGGAAUCAGCACUUGUACACCCUGUCACAGGGCACCAACAUUGCCGUCGAAAUGAAAGAUGCCCGCACCGCGGCUGAUCUCGCCACAUUCUCGGUGUAUGUCGCCUCUGCCGCGUCUACUGGCCGCGAGUUCUACCUCGGCGAGACCGGCUUCCACGGCACCGACGUCGAGAGCGACGCCAGCUUUGGCGGCGCGCUACAACUCCCAGACAAAUCGCUACUUGCCACCACGCUCGAUAUCAACAGACUCUACUACCACCAGGGCACCAUCAACCAAGGCUGCCAGUGGCUCGCGGGUUCUCCGCGCCACGGCAGCUCUUCGGACGUCAAGGCCACCACGGCCAAGGAAGGCGUUGCCGCCUAUGCGGGCACGACCAUUGGCGGCCAGGUCUUUGAGUCGCUGGGGAUUGACGAGGCCACCGGCGCCGCGGUCGUAGGCGUAGGUGCCUCCGAGGCUGUCAUCGUGUACCUCUGAGAUCAUUAUCUGAAUUUACACUUUCUUCUUGGUCUUGCGGCAGCGGCUCUUGUGUACCGCCCAGCAAUGGGACGCUCACGGGAGCCAAAAGUUCUUCCCACCCGUCGCCGCCACAGUUUUCUUGCCUUGAGCAUUUGUGUGGAGCAGGCUACUUUAACGUCCCAAGUUGAUGUGGGGUUUUGCCCAAAACUGGAGGAUGCUUCGCAUAUUAACGUAUCUGGUCGAACACGGAGUGAGUUGGGUCGCACGGGUAUAAGAGGAACAAACAACUCGCUUCAUUCCAAAUAUACAUGAUUC